GCAGAGAGGAGAAGAGAAGAGGCAAAAGGGAAGAAUAAGAUAAAGUGAAAAGGUGUCUGCCGGUGAGUGUGUAGAUUUCCCACUCAGCACUCGUCGGUCGGUGUCUUUUGGGGUUCCGAUACUUUGAGUUCAAUUGCGGCUACUUCGGCUUCCCUCCCCACGGUCAGAUCAGCUUCUACGACACAACAUUUUGCAAAGGUAAAAAGAGAGACCCACAACAACGUUAACAUAUAGAGAACCUUUCUCCUUACCAUCCGAAUCUUAGUCGGGUCGGAUCUCAUCUCUCCUUCCCAGUCCGUGUCUAUUAAUAGACCUGCGAUGUAAUGUGAAUUUGGGGAAGGAGAGGGGGGAAAAGGAAAUGGAAGAAAUUGCAGUUGUGCUGAAGAGGUUUGGAGACGAGCAGAGCAGUCUAUUAGAUCAGUUCGAGAGGCUGUCGUUUGAGGUGCAGCUUAACCAAGCGAUACUGGCCCGCAGCCUGUCGGAGCCUGGAGUCGGACCUGGGGCCGGAACGGGUCGAUCCGGGCUCCGAACUCCCUUGAAUCGGAAAGAGCAGAGAGCUGCAGCAGUUGGGCUGACGAAGGUGAAACACGGGCAGGAAACCGAGCCGGAGCGGCGGCGCCGUGGGUCGAGUUUUACUUUUAACAAGCUGUGGAAGAAGCUGCUGAAACCAAUUCUGGGUAGAAAGACGGUCAACAAGGCAACCGCUGCUGCCCCUGCCCCCGCCCCAGGGAAAAGGGCAGACUUUUCGGGUCCCAAAUUGUGCAAGGCUUUCAGCAGAUCAGUGAGGUUUUGAAAUGAUGAAUACCCUUUUUUUUGGAAUUUGAGAGUGGCAGACUGGAACUGGCAGACAGCCUGCGAGACUGAUCAGAGGCGUAUCAUCAUUACUUGUGAUUACUAUUCCUGUGUUUGAUUUUAUUCAUGUUAUUGUUUGAUUUGCUAUAAUAUGAUGAUCUAUUCUUACGAUGUAUACAAGUAAUCGGAAGUCGACGGUUCAAUAUAUAAUGGUUAAUUUGAGUGACCGGGGCAGCUUUCUCUGGUCAUAAUGUUGAAGAAACUCGAUGAGGUUGGGCUAAUUCAUGCCUGGAGUGGGUGAACAGAAACCCAAUAGGCGAGGCGACCAUAGCAAAUUAGCAACGCCUCGCCGGCCGCCAUGGGCCAUGCCAGCAGUGAGCAGUCAAAUUGAAGGAGGGUAACCAACCAUCACUUUCAGCACUUUAAAUAAAACAGCCCUCGAAAU